CCUUCUCCUUUGCGUCGGAAAUUUCGGCGUGAGGGGAGCCGGACGGCGAGAGAGCGAAGCUUUUUAUCAAGCCAGCGGCACAGGCACAGCGGCAGGCAGCACUCCUCACUCUCAGCGCGCGGCGUGCAGCAGCGAGAGCGAGUCGGCCUCUCUCUCUCCAUCCAUCUCUCACUCAGGGUUGCGGAUUAUUCAGCACGCAGCCGAGUACACCGAGCACAUGGUGACCCGUGCCGCCGACACCUGACCCUGAUCUUCUUUCUUUUGUGCCUUUCCUUUAAUUUGUCCCGCGAGUGAGUGAGUGAAACGAUUCUUGCCGCAGCGAUGGCCGAUGAGGAAGACGCAGGAGCUUCCAGCAAUGGCUCUGAAGGAGGAGAAAAGCGUAGAGGCCGAUGCAAAUGGUUCAACGUGGCGAAGGGCUGGGGCUUCAUCACCCCUGACGAUGGAGGCCAGGAUGUGUUUGUCCAUCAGAGCGUCAUACAGAUGAGCGGCUUCCGCAGUUUAGGUGACGAUGAAGAAGUCAUUUUCAGCUGCAAGACUUCUGACAAGGGGUUGGAAGCCACCAAUGUGACGGGAGUUGACGGAGGCGAUUGUCACGGCUCGCACAGGAGGCCGCUCUCUAAGAAGCGCUUCAGAAAAAUCAGGUGCUACAACUGCGGCGAGUUCGCGAAUCACAUCGCGGCCAAGUGCUCGAUGGGCCCGCAGCCGAAGCGGUGCCACCACUGCAAGAGCGACGGCCACCUGAUCGCCGACUGCCCGACGCGCGUCAAGAAAGGAAGCGACCAAGGUGACUCGCAGGGCUCAGAAAAGAGCGGCAGGGCGACGCCCGUGGACGCCGGUGUUGUCGACGACGGUGGGAAGGAGUAGGCCAAUACAAAACGCGCCCACCGAGGGCACAGUCCGCUUCAAAAAUAUUUUCUUCGUGGGGGCAAACACAACAGGGACAGACCAGCGUCCCGCAAGCAGCAGCAGCGGCCCCCGCCCCGCCACCCACCGGGGGCGGCUGGGGACGGACGGCCGCUGGUCGCCGUUGAGGAGAAAUACCCAAAGGAGUCAAGAAAUUUUCAAAAUUGGAGUCGAAAUUCUAAAAAACGGGCAUCAGAAGUGCCUCGUGAUGACACAAAUUUUUGAGUGAAUUACAUUUGGAGCUAAAACAAAAUUUGGGUGGAAACUAAAACGAGCUGCACUACAUCAUAUAAGAAUUUUAAAAAAUCAGAAGCGGAAUGGGCCUGCGAUUUGUAUGACAACCUACAACUGGUCGGUUAGUUUGUGUUGUAAUAAGACAAUUAGUGGAUCGUGUAUAAUUGUAUGUGUAACACAGAAAGGGUACAAAAUCUACGGGUAUCACAAACGAAAGAAGAAAUCAAGCAAACCACCCCAUAUAUCAUGUAACAAACCUUUGGCAACGUAGAUGUUUCGUUUCAAAAGAUCAUCCAUACAUUUUUUCAUUUUCGCGAUUUUUAUCCGCUAGAGUAGUUGAGAGUGUGGACUUACGAACUGUCGUCUUAUUAUACUUUAAGACCAGUAAUUUUUAAGUGACGCCAUGCACGUGACUCUGCCCCUCCCCAUCGCAAGGGGGACAGGGUUCCGUGGACUGCGUCAUUUGCGGGCCAGUACAUGCAGAGUUUUUAAUGAAAAGAGCCAAACAAGUAAAAUAAUAGCUGGACACACGCACAGUACCUUGAGUAGCAGAAUCAGUUUAGAGAACGCUAGUGACAAACGCAGUCUACCUCAUUACGCAGCGGAGCCACCGCGGCGCCGCUGGCUCAAACUAUACAACCUGCAAUCCUCUAAUGUGAACAACAACACUUUGCUCCAAAGUGAGAACUACAACGGUGAACGUUCCUUAAUUUUUAUCUUUUUUUAAUGUGUACGAAUAAAGAAACCACUACUGUGCCGCCCAUUUUGAACAAUCAGCAUAUUUUUCCAUCGAAUCACGCACUCACUCAUUUUUGACAGUCUUGCAGAGAGAAUCGCCAGUAUAGGCAAUUCUUGGAGUUGAGCUUCUAACCAAGUGCUAACUUUUUCGAAAGACUGCCAAUUUUUUGGGAAGAUUAAAGCGAAUUGAUUAAAGUAACGUUGAGUCAAAUGUGGCGCUAGAUGGUCUCAAUUUUAAUCAAGGAAUCGUAUGUUUGGUAACAGAAAAACGUAUAGUGCUGGUUGUUAUUUUAUCUUGGAAAUUUUAAGUGAGGAUAUUUUGUGGGUCCAAGAGUAAAUUGUAUGCGCAGGAGCGGUGGAUCGCCACGAAAUCAGAGGCUACUCCAUUCUCCCUCGUUUGUUGUAGGGAGGCCAAAUAUCGACAUUUUUAAUUAUUAAUUAAACUUGAAUGAACAUUGCGGUAGGAAAUGCAUGCGGAUUUAAGCAGACAGAGCUGGUUUUGAGUGGAACAGUGUUGGUUAAAAGCAAGGUGUUCUGGGGUUAAAAUCGAGUUUGAUCGGUGGUUCAUCAAGCGGAAGCUGUCGAAGCAAUUCACUGGAGGAGACUGCCUCCGAUUUUUGGACUCGAGAAAGACGCUCAUCUGGCGCCAAUUUUUUUUCUGCGGCAGCUCCCGUUUGGCUAGUUGGUAAUAAACUAGAAUAUAAGUAACACUGGAUGAAGGAAAGUAUUAAUGCAAGUCGAUGAUGGGAUCUGAAGGCGGGUGCGAAUUAGAAAUGUUACCAUGGUUCCUAAAACAGACUUGUACAUAAACAAACACGCCAUUAUCUACCUCUUGAAUUGUACUAGAGAGUAAGGAGGACGCGACUUUGUCUGUCGCCAUUUAAUUUUAAUUUUCAUCAACGCGAGGCGCCGCGCAAGAGCCCUCUUUACACUUUUGUGUUUUUAUCCACUCAAUUUUUGUAACGAAAUAAUUUUUUGUAUGUAUUGUGCCGUAACCUUUUUGUUUCCAAAGAAGAAAGACAUGCAAUUUUUUCUAUGUGAAGUUUUUCACAUAUCACCCAAAAUACAACAUUCGAUGGAAAUUA